AUGGAGCGUCUCAAUCAACACCCAGACAAAUAUGAGCCAGAUAUCGACUUCCCCGUUGACUCUCGCAGCCAUCGAUCCGACGACACAAUUGAGGAAAUCGACCCUCUCGAGCUUACCCGUAUCAACACAUAUCGACUGCAACAGAAAACUACCGUAGGCUCUACAAGAGGGCCUACUCCCCGUGACAAAUGGCUUCCCAUGGGUGCCAACAAAGAUUACCCACCUCUGCUCCCGGAUUCUGAAGACUAUGUCGUCGAGUUUGACGGAGCCAAUGAUCCCUUACAUCCAUACAAUUGGUCUACAUCUAGGCGAAUAAUGUUAGUUUGCAUCCUAUGUUAUGGUACAUUCGCCGGGUCGUUUACCAGCGCGGUCUUCUCGGCUGCUAUUUCUGGCCUGAGCAAGGAGUUCAACACAUCCGCCGAAGUUGGCUCACUUGGUGUGACACUCUAUGUCCUUGGAUUCGCAGCCGGGCCAACAAUUUGGGCACCAGGAUCAGAGCUGAUCGGUAGACGUUGGCCACUAUCCCUCGGACUUUUCGGAUGCGCCAUCUUCACCAUCGCCUGUGCAGUUGCCAAAGACCUACAGACCAUCAUGAUCUGUCGUUUCUUCGCUGGCCUGUUCUCGGCGAGUCCCAUCUCAGUCGUUCCCGCUGUAUUUGCAGAUUUGUUCAAUAAUACACAACGAGGUGUCGUCAUGUCGAUUUUUUGCAUGGCAGUGUUUAUCGGGCCCUUUUCGGCACCGUUUGUGGGUGGUUUCAUUGCAAUGAGCGCUCUGGGUUGGCGGUGGAUAAUGUACAUCUCUGCAAUCAUGGUGUUCCUAGGGUUUGUCCUAGUCUUUGUGUUCCUUGAGGAAACAUAUGCUCCAGUCAUUCUUGUCCGCAAAGCAGCCACCCUACGCCGACAGACUCGCAAUUGGGGCAUUCACGCAAAGCAAGAUGAAGUGGAAGUGGAUUUGAAGGAGCUUCUGCGGAACAAUUUUGCCCGACCCAUUGUCAUGUUGGUCAAAGAACCCAUACUGCUCCUGGUCUCAUUGUACAUCUCCUUCGUCUAUGGCCUCAUGUAUGCUCUUUUGGGCGCAUACCCUGUUGUCUUCCAAGGCGUCUACGGAAUGAGUUCGGGUGUCGGCGGACUUGCGUUUAUCGGCAUUAUCAUCGGCGAACUUCUUGGCGGCGUUUAUAUCCUCAUGAUACAGAGUUCAUAUAAGACGAAGCUGGCGGCAAACGGUGAUAAGCCUAUACCCGAAUGGCGCCUUCCGGCAGCGAUUAUAGGAGCUGUGUCUUUUGCAGGAGGAAUGUUUUGGUUCGGCUGGACCGGAUACACUUCAUCCAUCCACUGGAUGGCCCCUGUAGCUUCAGGACUUCUCACCGGAGCGGGGAUCUUUUUGAUCUUCUUGCAGUGUUUCAACUAUAUCGUUGACUGCUAUCCUUCGUUGGCUGCAUCCACUAUUGCCGCGAACACAAUCUUACGCUCAGCUAUUGGCUGCUCGUUCCCACUUUUCUCCCGACAAAUGAUGGAGAACCUAGGAGUGCAAUGGGCAGGCACAAUGCUUGGAUGUAUCGCAGUCGUGAUGAUUCCUAUUCCUGUUCUGUUCAAGGUAUACGGUCCAUGGCUGCGAGAGAGAAGUAAAUUGGCAUGCUCGCCAGUUUUUGAUGUUGAAAAGAAACCUUAUGAUGUCUGA